GGGAAAUUAGGAAUAGCAAAAACAAAAAGGGCGACAACAAAACCAAUACCCCAUCCAUGCUACCAGAGCUUCACUCGAAACGCAGCAGCAAUGGCUUCAAAUCCAGACGAAGAAGUAGGACCUCCCAAAAACCGCGAACAUAGGAUCUCUGCGAAGUCUACGGCUGAUCCUAUACUACGGAAUGCCCUCCGAUAUACCAUCUCCUCCAAGGAGUACGAAACUCUCCACCGAUUUAUCAUCUCGCGUUCCAAUGUUCUGCAGAGGAAUACGCCUAGUCCUGCGAAGGUUGAGAAGUUGUUGGAUGGGCCUGGCGGGAGGGGGGUUGAGGAUUAUAACGCGGCGGCGAUUAGGGCGAGUUUGAGGGUUUUCUUUGCGACGGGAGCGGGAUUGAAGGCUUGGAGUGCGGUUAAGGAAAGGUUGUUGGGGGCUCAGGUUGUGAGGUUUGUUUACCAUGUUUUGUUUCUGUUUUGGGGGUGGGGUUGUCAGCUUGAAGUUGAGUACUUACUUUUGGAUAUAGGGGGAAGAGAGUCCCAUUAUGGAAAUCUCCCAAUUUUCGACUUUCCCUGAGUCUUUCUACGAUUUUACUUCUUCACCGGAUUCUUUUCCGGUUCUUCACAAGGUUAAGGGCUCGUCUUCUUACGCCUGAAGCUAGGCCUUUUCGUCAGAGGAAUAAGAGGACGAGUAGGACUCUCACUUCGAGUUUGGCUCCGGCUAUUGGGGCGAGUUUGGCGGGGUUCAUGUUGGGGGUUUAUCCAAGUGAUCAAUUGAGAGUUUCGAUUUCUAUAUAUGCUCUUAGUCGGGCGGCCGAGUUUACUUAUAAUCAUGCCGAGGAUGAGGGGUGGAUUUGGGGGAAGGAGGGGAGUAAGUGGGAGAGGCCUUGGUGGUGGGGUAGUUGGUUGCUUUAUCCCUUGACUUGUGGACAGUUGCUUCAUGCUUUUGUUUUUGAUCGGGAUUGUUUUCCAAAGGUGAUUGAAUCUUUUUGGAAGCUUUGGACUUUACUAACUUUAAAAGGCAUAUGGAGAUUUUAUCUUGAAAUACUCUCCUCAAUAUAUCCAGGCUCGGCCGAAUGAUUAUCCUGCAGCACUUCCCUGGCCAGAUACCUACGAGAUUGUUGACAAGAUUGCUGAGACUGCAAAACUCAACUACCCGUAUGUCACUAUCUUCCUACAUCUUGUUACUAACUAACAAAAUCCAGACCCUUCAUCUCGCCCAUCCUCUUCCCAAACAGCACUACAACCCUCCCAAAAGCACUUGGCGCCAUCUCACCUAUUACCUCUCCAGCGCACCCCCUGAUAGCCUCCCUAACCUGUGCAACCCUCCACCCAUCUGAUCCCUCUUGUCUCCGCACCUACCUAACCUACUGGAUCCGCGUAUUCCCCCAACUCACGCGAUUCUUCACAGCUAUCUUCGUCCUUCUCUCCCUCCCACAAUACAAAGCCUUCUACAACUCCCCCAUUACCACUCUCAACAAACUAGCCUCGCGAAUUCUUCUCUAUUCCUCUUUCGUCGCAGGCUCCAUCGGUACAUCCUGGGGCGCGAUCUGUUUCUUCCAGCAAUACCUCCCUAGACACGUAUUGUCCACCCAAAGAUUCUUCUUCGGUGGUGUGCUCGGUGGUUUAUGGGGCUUCAUGGUUCGCGGACGCGCGAGAAGUGAGUUUCUCUACAGCGCUCGGGCGAGUCUCGAUUGUCUCUGGAAGGUGGGACGGAAGAGAGGUUGGUGGAGGGGCUUCCGAGGUGGUGAUGUGUGGUUGUUUGUUGCGAGUUUGAUGGUGGUGAAUUUGGUUUAUGAGAGGGAUUCGAGGAGUAUUCGGAGUGGGGCUGUGAGAAGGGGGGUGAGUAGUCUGAGAGGAGAGGGGUUUCGGGAUUUUGUGAAGGAGGAGGAGGGGAGGGAGGGGGAGGAGGUGAACUAG